AAAAAACGUCCCAGAGUGUAAAUUCAUGUGCGUGUGUGUGGAUGCGAGCAGGGUCUGAAGAGACACUGAGAUUUUGUCCCAGUAUUUAUUCGGAGCCCCGUUAGCUCUUCCCCCGCUCUGAGCGGUCCAAAGGUCUGAGUCAGUAUUUUUAGGAGCGUGGUGCGUUCACUUGCACAACUUCAGUUCCACUCCUGUCGAGUGAAGCAACCGGCGUGUGGUGUGUGUGUGUGUUCGCUGUGCACCGCGGAGGCUUCAAAAGUCACUCAAGUCGCCGUGUUAAACAUGUCGGCUACAAGGAUGCAGCUGCUGUCACCCAGAAACGUCCGGCUUCUGAGCCGCGGGCGAAGCGAGUUGUUCGGCAGCGGUGGUGGCGGCGGUGGUCCCAGGGUCCGCUCACUGACCUCUCCCCCUCUGUCCUCCUCCUCUCCCGGCAGAGCUUUAUCGAGUGUGAGCGUGACACGGCGCGGGCUCCCCAAAGAGAAGAUGACCGAGAAUGGUGUGUCGUCCCGGGCCAAGGUGUUGACCAUCGACACCAUGAACCCCACGGUGAAGAAGGUGGAGUACGCGGUGCGGGGGCCCAUCGUGCAGCGGGCUGUGGAGCUGGAGAGGGAGCUCUCUGAGGGAAUGAAGAAACCCUUCGCCGAGGUCAUCAAGGCCAACAUUGGGGAUGCGCACGCUAUGGGCCAGCAGCCAAUCACUUUCUUCCGACAGGUCCUGGCGCUCUGCUCCUACCCUGAACUGCUGAAUGACAGCACAUUCCCAGAGGAUGCUAAAAGUAGAGCGCGCUGCAUUCUGCAGUCCUGCGGAGGGAACAGCAUGGGUUCCUACAGCGCCAGCCAGGGCAUAGACUCUGUGCGCCAGGAUGUGGCCCGGUACAUUGAGCGAAGGGAUGGCGGAGUGCCCUGCGACCCAGACAACAUUUACCUCACCACGGGGGCCAGCGAUGGCAUUGUGACCAUGCUGAAGCUGCUGGUGUGUGGCGAAGGUGCAACCCGCACCGGCAUCAUGAUCUCCAUACCUCAGUAUCCCCUGUACUCGGCUGCACUGGCAGAACUGGGCGCCGUGCAGAUCAACUAUUACCUUAAUGAACAAAAGUGCUGGAGCCUGGACAUCAGCGAGCUGCAGCGCUCUCUGGACGAGGCCCGGCAACACUGCAACCCCCGAGCCCUGUGCAUCAUCAACCCUGGGAACCCUACCGGUCAGGUUCAGAGCAGACAGUGCAUCGAGGAUGUAAUCCGAUUUGCGGCAAAGGAACGUCUCUUCCUCAUGGCCGACGAGGUGUACCAGGAUAACGUGUAUGCUGAGGGUUGCCAGUUCCACUCUUUUAAGAAGGUGCUGUUUGAAAUGGGGCCCGAGUACUCAAACACAGUGGAGCUGGUAUCUUUCCACUCCACCUCCAAAUGUUACAUGGGAGAGUGUGGCUUCCGUGGAGGCUACAUGGAGAUCAUCAACUUGGACAGUGAGGUGAAGGCCCAGCUGACCAAGCUGGUGUCUGUCCGUCUGUGUCCUCCCGUUCCUGGUCAGGCUCUAAUGGACCUGGUGGUCAACCCGCCGCAGCCUGGCGAACCCUCACAUGAAAAGUUCAUCAAGGAGCGCACAGCAACCUUAAGUGCCUUAGCAGAGAAGGCCAAGCUUACCGAGCAGGUUCUCAAUACUGUGCAGGGCAUCAGCUGCAAUCCUGUGCAGGGUGCUAUGUACUCCUUCCCUUGCAUAACCAUCCCUGAAAAGGCUAUAAAAGAGGCCACGGAAAACGGCCAAAAGCCGGAUAUGUUUUACUGCAUGAAGUUAUUGGAGGAGACUGGGAUCUGCCUCGUGCCUGGGAGCGGCUUCGGACAGAGGGAUGGAACCUACCACUUCAGAAUGACCAUCUUGCCACCAAAAGACAAGCUGAAGAUCCUGCUGACCAAAGUCAAGGAGUUCCACCAGAAGUUCACUCAGCAGUAUUCUUAAAUAUCUACAUCUCCUUCCAUUCACAAAGGGAGGAACUAACCAGUAGAAUCAACAGCAACAAAGAACUCAGCCAAUCAUAAUUCUGUAGUCAAUGAUAAGUGCCUUUCCUUUGAUGGCUCUGGUGGUCUCUGUGAUGACACACUUCAGCCUCUACAGAUAUCUCAUUUGGACAUUCGCAGGGCGGAAAACAAGACACUAUUAUGUGUUAGACUACAAAACUGAAGAUGAAGAAAUUAACUCAGACGUGUGUCAGCUUGGUACGAGAGAUGUGGUUUCACCCCUGUGUGUGUGUGUGUGUGUGUGUUUUCAGCUUUGAAGGAUGUACGGUAUGUACAGUCAGUGUAUUUGUAUAUGAGAGAAUGUCCAUGUGAAUGCCAAGCUAGAAACACGGUAGCGAAAGACAAGUGAUGCUGCUGACAGACUCGAGCACAACUGGUUAAACUGUUCCAUUCCUACAGGCAGCGCUUGACAGGGAGAAUGCGCAGGAAAAUGUUCCAUUUGCAUGAUGAUUCAGAGAUGAUUUUGUAGAUUAAAAAAAAUGGAACAGUCUA